AUGGUUAGAGAAGCUCAUGAAUUAUUAGAUGGAAGUAGACCCAUACCGAUAGAUAAAAUAUCGUAUGAAUUGUCUCAGAAUAUUAUAUUGGCAUUCGAUAAUAAUGAAAAUAUAAAUAAUAAAGAUAUUCAAAUUGAAAUUGAAGCAAGGGUAGGGUUAGUAAUUGAUAAGAAUAAAAAUAGAAUAAAAUUACCAAUAAAUACAGAUGCUAUUAUUGAAAAUAAUUAUUCAGAUUUCCAUGCGGGGAUUGAUAGAGAAUCGUUUGAAUAUCUCUUGGAUUAUUUUCAUAACAUGACUCUAAAGAAAAGGUUAAGUAUGCGUAAUAAUAAUGAUAAUAAUAUUAAUAAUAAUAAUAAUAAUAAUAAUAAUAAUAAUAAUGAUAAUAAUAAUAUUAAUCAGACAUAUACUUAUGAUCCCAAUAUUGAUGGUAAUAACCCAACUUGUAAUUAUUCAUAUGAUAAAAAAAACACUUGUAUAUACGAUUUUCUAGAACUUAAAACAACAAAGAGUAUAGACAAAUACUAUGUUAUAAAAAAUAAUAACAGCAGAAUUAGAACAACGACUUAUUUAAAUGAUGAAAACAAACAAGAAACAGAAAGUAUGAUGAUACAAUCUUUACAGAAAGAUAAUUUAAAUUCUUGGAAUGUAUAUACAGGUAAUAAUUAUGAUUAUUUUGAUGAUGACGAAGAAGAUGAUGAUGAUGAUUAUAAUAAUAAUAAUGUGGGUGCAGGAACAAGGACUAAUAGUAUUACAACUAGCAACAAUGGUUUAACUACAUCUAAAUCACAACACAUAAAUUAUAAUUCAAAUGAUAAAAAUGAUUCCAUAGAUUAUCGUAUUUCUAUAAAUAUAGAAUAUAUAAAACCUAUUAGUAAAUUAUAUCUAUCUAAAAAUAUACCAGUACAUGAAAGAUUAAAAGAAAGAACUACAUUUAUAAAUACUUAUCUAGGUUUACAAGUAGAUAUGACAAAAAUAAAAACAAAAAAUAAUGAUUUAUAUGAAGUAGAAAUAGAAAUACCAUCAAAAACAAUAUUUAAAGCUAUGUCUAAUCUGAGGAAUAAAAAAGAUUCAAAUUAUUUACAUUUUAUAUGUUCUAAUCUUGUAAAUAAUAUUAGGGGUAUAUGUAGUCAAUUAAAUAUAUUCAAAAAAACUAAACACAUAUUAAAAUCUACAAUCAUUACAAAAAUGAAUAAUAAUGAAAAUAAUGAUGAAAAUAAUGAUGAACACAACCCUUCUUCGUUAUCAAACCAUCAAAACGAUGAUAACCUUUCGUCGAAAGAAAAACAAAAGUUCAAAAAAUACAUACACUCUGUAUUUCCAAUCGUUGGAGAUUACAUGUAUAGAGUAGUCACAAAAAAUGAAAAAGGUAUACAAAUAAAAAUGAAAGAUCAACUAAUAACAAAUAAACAAAAAAUAGACAUCUUUAAAAAUAACGUUGAUAUACGUAGACAUAAUAAAAAAUCCUUACAAACCAUAAAUGAAGUACAUGUAGAAAAUAAAUGGAAAGUAUUCAAAAAAGGAACAAAAAUAGAAGUAGUCUUAUGUAGUGAUGAUGAAGAAUAUGAAGAAAAUGAAGAUAUACAAGAUAUAAAUUAUGAACACUAUGAUCAAUAUGAAAAUGAAGAAGACGCAAAUCUUUAUAUAAAUAAUAUAUAUAUGCACACAGAAAUUAACAACAAUAAUAAUGAUAACAAUGAUAAUAAUGAUAAUAAUGAUAAUAAUGAAGAGCAUAUUAAAAAUUGUAAGGACUUUUAUGAUGAUACAUAA